CGUUGAAGGUCUAGUCACAAGGUCCUGACGCAAUAUUAAUUUGUUAAUAUAAUGGAGUAGCUGAAUGUGGAUUGCCACUUUGCCAGGGCGAGCAAGCAAGCAAGCAAUAAUUGUGAGAUCUCCGACGAUCAAAUAUGGCGAAUCUGCGGCUUCCGAUGCUAUUUCUUCUGCUUUUAAGCUUUGAAAAACUUGUUUUAUCAGUCGACGCCGAGAAAUACAGCAGGCGUGAUUUCCCGCCAGACUUCGUCUUCGGCUCCGGCACCUCUGCGUAUCAGUAUGAGGGGGCGGCAUUUGAAGAUGGAAGAACACCGAGCAUUUGGGACACUGCUACUCAUUCUGGGAAUAUAUAUAGAGGGAAUGGAGAUAUAGCUUGUGAUGGGUACCAUAAAUACAAGGAAGAUAUACAACUCAUGGCGGAAACAGGCUUGGAGGCUUAUAGGUUCUCCAUCUCAUGGUCAAGACUAAUUCCUAAUGGAAGAGGACCUGUCAACCCAAAGGGUUUAGAAUAUUAUAACAAUGUGAUCAAUGAACUCCUUAAACAUGGAAUCCAACCAUAUGCUACAUUAACACACGAUGAUAUACCUCAGUCUAUUGAAGAUGAAUAUGAAGGAUGGCUUAGUCGAAAAAUUGUGAGUGACUUCACAGCAUUUGCUGAUUUGUGCUUUCGAGAAUUUGGUGAUAGGGUUCUGUUUUGGACUACCGUUAACGAGGCCAAUAUAUUUGUCUUAGGUGGCUAUGAUUGGGGAGCCAUUCCCCCUCAACGAUGCUCUCGCCCAUUUGGAAUAUGGAAUUGUUCAAGAGGUGACUCCUCGUUAGAGCCAUACAUUGCUGGUCAUAAUAUAUUACUUGCACACGCAUCAGCUGUACGAUUGUACAAGAAAAAAUACCAGGGCGUGCAACAUGGAUCCAUAGGAAUAAACAUCUAUACUUUUCACUUUGUGCCCUUUACAAAUGCAACAGAAGAUGUAAUUGCAGCUGAAAGAGCCAAACGUUUUUUUAUUGGUUGGAUUGUUGACCCCCUGGUAUUUGGAGACUAUCCUGAGAUAGUUAAGAAGCAUGCAGGUACGAGAAUUCCUGCCUUCACCGAACAUGAAAGGGAACAGGUCAAGGGCUCAUUUGACUUCAUAGGAUUGAAUCAUUACAUGACAUCUUAUGUUACGGACAAGUCAAGCUCCCUAGAAAGGAACAGCAGUGAUUUCUUUGCAGAUAUGGCUGUACAGAUGAUGGUUGGAGAUGUACAUGGGGACACACCACCAGGUGAGUACCCAUUUGAACCCUCUGGUCUGGCUGGAAUUCUGGAGUACUUCAAGCAAUUCUAUGGCAACCCUCCAAUUCAUAUCCAUGAAAAUGGUCAAAGGACGCAACGAAAUACAACACUGAAUGAUACGGGAAGGGUGAAAUAUUUACAUGGUUAUAUUGGGAGUGUGCUUGAUGCUUUGAGGAAUGGAUCGAAUACCAAGGGGUACUUCCAAUGGUCUUUCCUGGAUGUAUUUGAGCUGGUGGAUGGCUACGAAUCAGCAUAUGGUCUAUACUACGUAGAUCUAGAUGACAAGGAUUUGAAAAGAUACCCUAAACUCUCAUCACAUUGGUACUCCAAUUUUUUGAAAGGGAAGACAAUCAGUCUGGAUUUUACUCUCAAUAUUGAGAAGAGCACAUAUCAUUUUUCUCAAUAAUCAAUAGCAGUUUACUUGUAUGACAAAUGAUAAGUCUAUAGCAGGCUCGUAGCCUUAAACUCUCUAUCUAUUUACUGGAUACAUUGUGGUGUAGAAUUUGUUACUUGAAAGAUCUUUUCACAUAAUAUUGUAAAUUUUUCACCCAUUAUGUUAAAAUGUAUGCGAGUUAUAUCAAUAAGUG